CUAACGUGUUAAACUGUCCCUAUGGACCACUGCCAACGCAGCAUCAGCAAAUAAUUUGUUAAAAUCGGAUGAGAUCAUUUCCAUGAUUCCACAUUCAAGGUUAAUUAAAGCAAACACCCCCCAUCAUGUGUGUCUGUCUUUGUGGCCAAUAUAUUGAAAAAUUGAACGGUAACAUGUAAUUUGUAUUCUAAUUUUACUACAUCGUAUGUAUGCGGUGCGGGGGAAGGACAACAAUCUAAAUACAAAGAAGUUCUAAAUAAAUUAGUUGUCAAUUUGAAUUUAAAAGUGCAUAGCUCCCAAUGGCUUCCUAAUAACGGAAGGAAAAUCGUUCCAGAAAUCCGCAAAAGCACAUCUGAAAGCGGGCGAUGUUCAAUGAUUAGCCAGUAAACAGGUGCAUGCAACUAAUGUGUUCUCUUUGCAGAAUAUCACUGACACAUACGGAGUUUCCAGUGUUUUAGAUCAAAUACAGAAUUUCAGCUUUAACUCUGAAAAUCAAUCGCCAAAUGGUUUCAAGGAAACUGCAGAUAUAUUAAAUUCUUUGGCAGACAUAUCAGAAUCAUUAAAAAUGUCACCUACUGCAAAGCAAUACGAGGUAGGUUUCAUUUACGAAUUCAUGUUUGGUUAUUCACUCAUUUUUCAUAUUUUGACAUUUAAAUAUUUUAUUAAUACGUUGUAUAAUGAAAUUGUUUUUCUUUCAGAUCAUCAUAAACGUGACCAGCAAACUUUUUUCAGAAAAUAAUCUUGCUAUCUGGACUUCUAACACUUCUAGCGUUGUCAGUUCAAGUAUCCUCAAAGCUGUAGAGAAAUUCACAUCGUUGUUUUCCCCUGCUAAUUUUAUAAUUUCAAACAACAAUACUGUCGUUAAUGUCAAAACUACAAUAUACCGUGAAUUCUAUACGCAAAUUGACAUUAUAAACACUAUCAAUAGCGUCCGUAUGCAAAUAAACGUUGAAAAUGGAUUGGAUAUGAACAGCACAUUUUCAGCCAUCGUAUUUUCAAACCUUCACAAAAUCCUGCCAAUACAGCAAGAAUCUGAUUGCAAAGAUUGUACUGUUAAUUCGAUUGUGAUUAUUUCUGCUCUGAAAACAAAUACCAGUUCUAAAAAACCGAGUAUUAGUCUGAAAUUCUCGCCGAUUAACAAAAGCUUAUUCAUCAAAACGUCGGUGUGCGUGUACUGGAACUCGAAUAACAGCAAUUACAACUUCACAAGUGGUUGGUUUAAAGAGGGCUGUACUACCGUUGUGAGCAACAACGCCGUUAAUUGCUCUUGCGAUCACUUCACACCUUUCGCGGUUCUGAUGUCAUCGACCAACCCUGAUUCUGAAACAAGCGAUAUCCUGACAAAUGUAGUGUUAACAAUAUCCAUCUGCACGUUGGCCGUUUCCAUAGUAUUGCUCUCCGUCACCAUGAGACGGAAUGCAUUCAUGAAAAGAAGCAGUUGCCUAAAGUUGACAAUUUUGCUGCACAUAUGCAUCAAGCUCAUGUGUGCGCACGUCUUAUUUUUGCUGGCAAGCUUUCUUGAAGGGAAGUUGACCCAAGCCAUGUGCAUCCCGAUCACUGCACUGAUGCACUUCUGUUACCUCGCCUUCUUCUUCUGGAUGCUGUGUGAGGGAGGACUCAUAAGCUAUCAGCUGACCUUUCCCAUUCACGCCAAGGACUACUGGAGACAAUUCACCAUUGCUGCUUUUUGCGUUGGAUACGGAGCACCAUUGCUCAUCAUGGUCAUCACCGUUAGCGUCGCCAAGACAAACUACAGCAACGUCAAGUUCUGUUGGCUUGCAACCGAGAAUAACGUCAUACUCUCCUUCGUUGUGCCAGUUGUUGUCAUACUGGUGGUCAACCUAGGCACAGUGGCGAUUGUAUGCGUGAAGAAAAUGCGGAAAUCCAUUGGAGCAUCGAGGAGCAGAGCCAACAGAAACAUGUUACGGUGCUUCUCAGUGCUCCUGGUCAUUCUAGGCCUGUUCUGGUUUUUAGGGGCUGUCGAUUUUUUCAUUCCGAAUCGCGGAUUGGAUGUUUGUUUCACAGUCGUUAAUGGUUGCCAGGUACGUAUGCACCUCAUAUGA